AUUAUGGGAGACCCGCGACGAGCAAAAGCCAUGUGCUUGACGUCGACGCUGUUCAGACAGCGGGCACUGGCAAAACCACCGUCGUCGUGUUGGCGGUGUCGUCACUCGAUCUUUGUACGCGCAAGCUCGUCUACUGCGGACCAUGGACGCGAGAACGGACGUUUAGAGGCUUCGAAUGAUACGUCUGUUGCAGACGACGUUUAUACCCAUGGUACUGACGGCAUACAUGGAUCGAGUGUCAGCAGCACUGCUACUACCACGCUAGCUGAUUUAGAGGCUGCGAGGCGAAAUAGGAAGAGCGAGUGGAAACGACGGCAGGGGGGUCAAUCAUUCCUCGACCAUUUGAUUGUUACUGUUCGAGGUGGUAAAGGUGGGAACGGCUGUGUCGCGUUCCACCGCGAAAAAUUCAAACCCCUCGGACCUCCUUCAGGCGGAAACGGCGGAUGCGGUUCAGACGUGUACAUCCUCCCCACCCCCGCACUUACCACCCUAUCGUCCGUGCCGCGACGCGUGCAUGGGUUGCCCGGGGGAUCCGGUCAAGGGACAUGGCAGCACGGGAGGAAUGCUGAGCCGACGGUUAUUAGGGUGCCGGUGGGCACUGUGGUUAAGGAGCUGGGAUACGACGAUCCGAGGCGUGCGCCGGAUGAGUGGGAGGCGGAGGACGAGGCACUCGGAGAGAUCAGCGGCGAAGAGGAAAAGAAGGCGGCGUGGAGAGAGCGACGGUGGGUUCAUUAUCCCCCGUUCAAGCAGGCGGAGAGGGCUGUGUGGAGGGAAGAGCGGGAGAGGAGGUGGAUGAGGAGACAGAGGUAUCUCGAUCCGCUUUGGUUGGAUCUGAGUACGGUAGAGAGCGAAGCGGAUGUGAGGGAGCGGGAUGUAGAUGCGCCGCUGGGAUUGGGGAAGAAAGAGUACCUGGGACACUUGGUCGCACGAGGUGGUGGUGGUGGGUUGGGCAAUCCUAAUUUCGUAUCCCAAACAUCCCGAUCUCCCAAGUUCGCGACGAAAGGACAAGAAGGCGAACGUAUCACGCUAUCACUAGAGCUCAAGAUCCUCGCCGAUAUCGGACUCGUGGGGAUGCCGAAUGCAGGGAAGAGCACGCUGCUGAGGGCGUUGACGGGUGGACGUGCGAAGACGGAGGUGGCGAGUUAUGCGUUUACGACGUUGAACCCUGUCCUCGGAGUUAUUCGUGUUGCGGACGAUGGGACGUUUGAGGGGGAGUUUAGAGGUGUGAAUGUGUUUGAGGAGACGGCGAUCGAGGAGGAACGGGAGUUAGAGAGACAGCUCGUAACCUCUUCCUUCGUUCCGGACACAUCUCCCUCGGACUCAGAGGUCGUCGCCGUCAAUGAUGAGGAUAAUGAGGAUCAACAACCAGGUUUCCCCUUCGACAUCCUCGAAUCCUUCCGCUUCACCAUAUCCGAUAAUCCCGGUCUCAUCGCGGGUGCAUCGUCCAACGUCGGACUAGGACACUCAUUCCUGCGCUCGCUGGAGCGGUCCCAUGCGUUGGUAUAUGUCGUCGAUUUGGCUGGCGACGUGCCGUGGGAUGAGUUGAGAGCGUUGCGGGACGAGUUGGAGGCUUAUUUGCCGGGGAUGAGUAACAAGGCUCGGUUGGUGAUUGCCAAUAAGGCGGAUUUGCUCGUUCCUCCGGGUGAGGGGGAUAGUGGAGAUGGUCAUGAAGAAGCUGUUGAGAAUGCGAAGGCGAAGUUGAGGCGGCUGGAGGAGUUUGUGAAGACGGAGAUGGUGAUCUCUGAGGGUGGGGAGAUGACGAUGGAUGUUAUACCGGUAUCGGCAAAGUAUGGACAGAAUUUGAAGAAGGUGGUUUUGGCUAUGAAGGGGUAUGUGGAGGAAGCGAGGAGGGGGGCGUCGUAAGUGUGUGCGUACAUCUAUUGUGAUUUUGGACAGUUGUAAUGAUGGAUCCGUCCGAUCUGCAGGGUGAAAUAUCUUUUGG